AUGCGUCUUUUCGGCAGCUGCUCUGGUCUCUCCUGGCCAGACGUGGUCAGCAAAUUAGAGGCGCCGCAGAACCCGUACAGCACCGCGGCUACCACUGAGCUUGACAAGAGCAAGCCGAUAUGGUCCAACUCGGAUCUUGACCCGACACCGCCAUCAUCUCGAACAUGGACCUGGGUUCACUAUACCAGUUUCUGGUUGGCGUCCUCGUUUGCCACUGGCACAUGGACUACCGGCAGCGCCAUGAUUGCGCUCGGUAUGCCGUGGUAUGCCUCUUGGCUGGCCGUCGUCAUCUCUCACAUCAUUGGCGCCGUGCUUCUCGUGGCCAAUGGUCGUGGACCGGCUGCCUAUCACAUCGGCUUUCCAGUAUAUGCCAGAGCCAGCUUUGGCAUGUGGGGAAGCUACUUUGCUAUUGUGUCCCGAUGCAUUGUAGCGGCGAUAUGGUAUGCGGUCAACGCGUAUUACGGCUCCAACUUUGUGUCCAUUUGCAUUAGAUGCAUUUGGCCCUCCUGGAAUGAUGUACCGAACCACCUUCCGAGCAAUGCCGGCACAACUACACAAUUACUCGGGGCAAUGGCCAUUUUCUGGGUUCUAUCCAUGCCGUUUGUCUUUAUACACCCAAAGAAUCUGAACUGGUACUUUGUCGCAAAGUCAUGCAUGGUCGGACCAGCCUGUUUCGCCGUCCUAAUCUGGGCCGUUGUUCUAAAUGGUGGUUCCGUCGGCCCCUCCUUUCAGACCACGCCCAAGCUCGCCGACCCGACAUACUACGGUUGGCUCUGGAUGUCGGCGCUCAACUCGGGGUUCGGCGGAUGCUCCGCGCUCAUCGUGGCCCAGGCCGACAUUGCUCGCUACGCCCGGAAACCCAGCGACCAGACCUGGUCGCAGCUCAUCACUUACCCCGUCUUCAGUGCCCUGCCGGCCCUCUUUGGCAUUCUCGUAGCCUCGGCCACGUCCAACUUUUGGGGCAAACAGUACUGGAAUCUCUGGGACGUGCUCUCGGCGGCCCUAGACUAUUACGACAUGUCGCCAGCGUCCAGAGGCCUCGUAUUUCUGGCCUCAUUUGCCUUUGCCGUGGCCAUUCUCGGCACCAAUGUCGCUGCCAAUUCGCUGCCAUUUGGCUCUGAUAUUGCCGGAUUGCUACCCCGCUGGAUCAGUAUCCGACGUGGUCAGGUUCUUUGUUCUCUACUAGUCUUUCCUAUUGUUCCGUGGAAGAUUAUAUCCAGUGCCAAGUCUCUGUUGACCUUUCUGUCUGGCUAUUCGAUCCUCAUGGGCCCCUUUGCUUCCAUCUGCAUCGUCGAUUACUUUUUCAUUCGCAACGGUAACCUCAAAGUCCCUGAUUUGUACAUUGGCAACGCCGACUCGCAAUACUGGUACACAGGGGGCUGGAACCUGCGCAUGGUUGUUGCUUGGAUCAUUGGCGUUGUCCUUCCCUUUCCUGGCUUUGUGGCCAGCUUUGGCACCACGUCGGUGGCAGAUGGGGCCAACCACAUGUGGAACAUGGGCUACCUACUUAGUAUCGCAGUGUCUGGACCCGUUUACUAUGUCUUGUUCCGGAUUUUCCCUGAUCCGAGCAUUGACAAAUCGCUGGCUUUUGAACAACAAGCCUCUCACUAUGAUUGCUUGAUUGACGGCGAAGCUGUGGGGCCGGACUUGGUCAAGAAUGAAGGUUCACUGGCUGAGAAGGGAAAAAUUGAAGCAGACGCAAAGAGCCUCUAA